AUGACCAAAGAGGGUAAAAGACAGAAACUUACAGAGAAAGCAUUAGACAGGUCAGCUUUCUACCAAUCUAUAGAUGCUACUUUUCAUGAUCCUUCUGCUAAUGAUAAUAUCCCAACAACUGAAUCUUUACUGGCCCAAAGUAAUAGCUUUCAGAGUAAUCGAAAGAGGAAUCAACAAAAGAAAAAACAGAAGGAUCCAUUAGAUAACAGUGCAACUGAGCCUAGCUUAUUACCAGCAACUGCUAACUGUCAAUAUUGCAAUGCAAAGCGUUUCUGUCUCGAACCUCCAGGAUUUUGCUGUGCUUCUGGAGAGAUUCAAUUAAUAGCAACUGAGAUGCUAAGGAAACUUAUGCUGCUUUAUCUUGAUAAUACUGAAGAUGCCAUAGAGUUCCGUCGAUGUGUUAGAAGCUAUAACAACGUAUUUGCCUUUACCUCUAUUGGAGUCCACACAGAUCAAUCUCUUGGCAAAGCAUACAAAGGAAUUUAUAUUUUUCGAAUCCAAGGACAGAUGUAUCACUAUAUAAAUCAGCUCAUUCCUGCUGAUGGUGAACAGCCAAAAAAUCUUCAAUUAUAUUUCUUUGACACUGAUCAUCAGAUAAAAAAUGCACAGCUGAUCAUUUGGGAUGAAGCUACUAUGGCAAAGCGAAAAUCAAUUGAAAAAUAA